ACGCCAAGUCGGCCUUAGCUAGAUGAUGUCAUGCGUGCCCUCCAAGCGGCAUACUUCUUCCUGGCCGACUCCACUGGACGCUGCGUUCCACAUCAUGACGUAGGAGAAGGUACCGACAACUGUGCAGACCACGUAGAGAUUAUGGCUGCUGAAUGCUCCAAGGCUGCACCAGAUGUGAAGCUCUUACUUCAAAUGAUGGCACAGACGUCACAGGCAAGGAGGGUAGACAUCGCUGGCAAGACCACCACUGAUGUUAUUCAGCUGCACCCGGCCCUCUGCAUUCCCGAAGUGCUACAACAGGAGCUGGAUCUCUUGAAGGAUACCAGCAGCAUUUCAAGUGUACAAGCAAAAAUAAAACAGGGUCUGACGGUGGCCAUCUUGAAAAAUUAG